CACUUCCCCCACUAAUCACACUCCCUCCGACUUCCGUUACCAGUUCCUUCCGUCUCCUCCCAUUCAUUAAGGCGAGAGCCCCUCGCUCGCUCGUCCAGGAAAGGAGGACAAAGGGAGCGCGGGCGGUUCGUUGAGAUCUCGGUCUCGCCAUGCCGAGGACAAGGAGGCUGCGCGGCGGGUUCCGGCUCGGCCGGAAGCUGCUGACCGCAUGGCGGUGGGCGCUCUGCGGCCGGAACCGGCGCCGGGGCGGCGGUGGCUACCUCCGCCUCGACACGCCGUGCCCGAUGGAGGGCAGGGAGGCCAAGAAGCUGGCACCGGUGCUGCGGUGGGGCAAGUCGCUGGCGCGGCUCCUCAGCCUCGGCCGGGCGGACCGCGGGCAGCAGACGCUCGAGGCGGUGAAGACCCCCAAGGGGCAGGUGGCGGUGUACGUCGGCGGCGGCGGGCCCGGGGAGCCGCUGCGGUACGUGGUGCCCGUGGUGUACUUCAACCACCCCAUGUUCGGGGAGCUGCUGCGGGAGGCCGAGGAGGCGUUCGGCUUCCAGCACCCCGGCGGCAUCACCAUCCCCUGCGCCGCCGCCAAGUUCGAGCGCGCCGCCGCCGUGGCCGCCGCCGGCAAGAAGGGGUUCGCCAGGUGGUAGCAUCGAUCCCGUAGGCCUAGGAGUCCCCGCCUCCGCUGCUGCGUGCGGUGGAGGCGAAUGGUGACAUGGUGUACAGCGCAUGUGUGUUUCCAUCAGCAAAGGGGCUAAUUUUGUUCCAUUGAUUCAUCUUCCUGCCGUUUUAACUAGUGGAUGGAUGCGGUUCUUUUUCUUUUUCUAGGAAAGGUUAUUUACUCAUCUAUGGAUUGUCGAUGCAUCUAUGCGAGUUCAUCUCAGAAUCUCUAUAA